AUGAACGUCGUAAAUCCAGCGGCGGGAACCAAUGCAUCUAAGCAACAGCACAAUGCGACAAAGUUAGCAAGAGAUGCUAUAUUCCAGAAUGAGGAAGAUCUGACCGGAGGUUGGUUUACAGCACUAGCAGCGUCGAUAUAUAUCGCCUCCUUUUCCUACGUCGGGGUUGAAAUUGUCGCGGGAACUGCACAGGAAGCCAAGUUUGUGGAUUCAAAAGCCAAUGAAUCAACAUCUGGCGGCAUCUUGAAUGGGCCUUCAAAUCGAGAAAGAUCAUCAACUAAGCUCAAGGACCCCUUUGAAUUCUCACUCUGGGUACCAAUGGUCACAACAGUCAUCUACGUUUGGGGUGGUUGGAUUGUGAGCGAAAAUAUCUAUUGGAACGACGAGAGGCUACCGGCAUCUGUGUGGUCUGAUGGAAAGACGACUCCGAACGGCGAAAGUCGUUCAAUUUUUGUCAUCGCCAACAAAGAUUCGGGCUCAGCAAAUUCCGCGACGACUUCAACUGCUCUCACAGCCUUUCUCAUCGUCCAUGUUCUAUCGACGUCGACUAGCUCACUCUACGUCGCGUCGCGAACCCUUUUUGGCUUGGCAUAUACCUCCGUUAAGUCUCGUGGUCAUACAGAGACAACGCUUUUGAGUCGCUUCCUUGACAUAUUGGUAAGGAAGAGCAAGUUCGACGUGCCGUAUGUUGCAAUCCUUGUAUCAGCAUGGCUGUGUUGGCUUCCCUUUUUAAAAUACGGCUUCAAAGCCGCAUUCUUGGACGUAAGACAAAUUCUCAUAUCAUCAAAACAAGGUGCUUGA